AUGUACCAUAAUGGUAUGGUCGGUAAUCAGACCUUUGGCAAGGGUUACGAAAAUGGAUACCUGCUGCCUCUGUCUUUGUCCAUGCAUCUGGGUAUGGUGGCAGCGGGCCAGGCACCUUCAAUGGUAGCUUCGGGUUCCCCCACCUACAAUAUGGGGAUGGACAUGAAGCAUUCGAUUCAGGGAAUGAAACUGCACUACGGCCCAUCUAUUGGUGUGACCACGCCUGGGGAUGUUACGGCGUAUCGGCCGGUCACUCAGCCCAUAAAGCAGACGAUGGAUCUGACUGUCAAUCAGCCUAUGAAUCAGUCUAUAAAUCUGUCCGUCAAUCAGUCUCUGAACCAGCCUGUCAGUCAUUCUGUGAAUCAUCCUGCUAAUCAGUCUAUUACUCAGACUGUCAAUCGCCCUGUUGAUUAUUCAACUGGUCAUCCUGUGAACCAAUCCAUGAAUGAGCCUACCAAUCAGCCUGUGAAUCAGCCUACCAGCCAGCAUAUGAAUCAGCCUAUGAAUCAGCCUAUGAAUCAGCCUAUGAAUCAACCUAUGAAUCAACCUAUGAAUCAACCUAUGAAUCAGUCUGCCAAUCAGAUUGUCACCCAACGGGUUGAUCAACACAUCAACCAGCCUAUGCUUCAAUCGAUCAAUCAACCAAUGAGUCAGCCGACGAAUCUACCAAUCAAUCAACCUACAAAUCAACACAUCAAUCAACCCACGAAUCAACCUACGAACCAACCUACGAUUCAGCAUAUGAAUGAACCCACGAAUCAACCUAUGAAUCAAUCCAUGAGCCAGCAUAUGCGUUUUGCACCUAUUCCUAUUGCACCACAUCCUUAUCCACCACAAACUUCACUUGCUCCUACCCCGGCCCUACCUCAACACUCAACUCAGCAUCUUCUCCAAGCUCAUCCUCAACAUCAAUUGCAUCAGGUGACGCCAAUCAGGUAUUCUCCACUUCCACGCGUUGCGUCACAGCAACAGUCCUCGCCACCAUUCCAUGACUUGGGAAAAGUACAGCAUAUCAAUAGACCUACCCAAAUACAAUCAUCGCAGUCUCAGACGCAAGUCCAACCGAUGCACCUGUUGCAACAUAUCCAGCAUAUACCUUAUGGCUCGAAACUUGAUGGAGGUGACUUCAUUGGAUAUCCAUUAAUGACAGGCGCGCCUGGUCUUGUGGUCUAUACCCCGUACUCACAUGAAACAGCCGCUGAAUUAGACCCUAAUGCUGUAAAUAUGCGCAAUAAUCAGGCGGGCGAAACAUUUGUUUCAUCCAGGCUCUCACAAAUAAUGAACAAUUCCGCUACCGAGCCCAAAACCAGUCUGAAAAAGGCAAAGACCUUUAGGAGUACCCAAAAACCGUACAUAUGUACCCAGGAAGGAUGUGAAUGGGCCUUUUCACGCCAAUCUGAUCUACGACGCCACGGCAAGUCUCACCGAAAACCUCAGUUUCAUUGUCCGUAUUGGAAAGCGAAUCAAGCAUGUCACAGAAAUGGAGGCUCAUUCAAUAGGUUGGAUGUUCUUAAAAGACAUUUGCGGCUUGUUCACUUUGUUAAAGACAAGCAGCUGGAUACUGCCGAAGCUGACCCUGGCUGGUGUAGAGCCUGCCAAAAGUUAUUUGCAUCCUCAAAGAGUUUCUUCGAUCACUGCGUAGACUGCGCAAGUGAAGAGGUCGGUUUUAAGGCACAAACAAUUACAGAUGAAUCUUAA